AACGCAACAUCAGGCUCCGGUUUCCUUCUCACACGGGGAGACACACACACACACACACACACACGCUCAGAUAUCGUGGUGUGGACAAACUAAAGUCUACCUCUGCAGCUGAUGACUGGACGGUGUUACGCACCUGGCAAGCCGGCCACGGGGGCGAUGAUCCGGGUAAAGGGCUUCAGUUCAGACCGGGGGAUGUGAACGGCAGCUCCGGAGACGAAUACAAAAGGAACCGCCGAGAAGGGAGAGACGAUGGCGGGGAGAGCCGCGGGAGGAGCAGCGGGCUUCGCAUCCACCCCAGCUUCACUUUUCUGAGUCCACCACAAACUUUGACACGGGGGUCGUGCGUAAGAAAACCCUCCAGCAUGUCGGAUCCGAGUCACUGGUCUGCGGUGUCCAACCAGAACAAGUCCCAUUUUGUUCCGGGAGCGUUGCUGAAGCGCUCAAAAAGCUGUCGCAGCAGCAACAGGAAGAACCUCGGAGUCGGGACGCCCUCGCCCACGCUGUCCCGGCCGCUCUCCCCCCUCUCACUCCACACCGCCGCGAGCAGCCCUCUAGACAGCCCCCGAAAUGUGUCGACCAGCGCCUGCCUCAACUUUCCGUUCGCCCGGAGUCACUUGGCUCGCACUGACAGAGCUGAGGGCCGGAGAUGGUCCCUGGCGUCCCUCCCCUCGUCCGGCUACGGAACCAACCCGCCAAGCUCCACCGUCUCCUCCUCCUCGUCCUCCCAGGAACGUCUCCACCAGCUUCCGUACCAGCCGACGCAGGAUGAGCUGCACUUCCUCUUCAAACACUUCCGCAGCACGGACAGCAUGACCGACGAGGACGGACGGCCCUCACCCGUCAUGCGACCUCGGUCCCGGAGCCUCAGCCCCGGGCGAUCAAGCGUCUCCUUCGAUAAUGAGAUCGUCAUGAUGAACCAUGUUUACAGGGAACGUUUUCCAAAGGCCACAGCCCAGAUGGAGGAGCGCUUGUUGGAGAUUGUCACCCAUUGCUCUCCAGACAGCUCCCUCCCGUUGGCUGACGGCGUCCUGGGUUUCAUCCAGCACCAGUUGGUCGAGCUGGUCAGAGACUGUCUGGACAAGUCCCAGAAAGGCCUGGUUACGUCGCGCUACUUUGCUGAGCUGCAGGAGAAGCUGGAAAAGCUGCUCCACGAGGCCUACGAGCGUUCUGAGAGCGAGGAGGUGACCAUCAUCAUCCAGAUGGUGCGGAAGAUCCUCAUCAUAAUCUCUCGGCCGGCCCGUCUCCUUGAAUGUCUGGAGUUUGACCCGGAAGAGUUCUACCACCUGCUUGAAGCAGCAGAGGGUCAUGCCAAAGUCGGCCAGGGAAUCAAGACAGACAUCCCUCGGUACAUCAUCAGCCAGCUGGGUCUGACACGUGACCCGUUUGAAGACAUGGUACAGCUUGAACAAUACGACCCCAGCCCUUCGGUGUCAGUGGAACCAGAUGCUCAAGUGGAGAACAAAGCCCCACAGACGCUGACUCCAACUCGAAGGAAACCUCUUGAGAGCGAUUUCGAGACCAUCAAACUCAUCAGCAACGGAGCUUACGGGGCCGUGUAUCUGGUACGGCACAAGGAGACCCGUCAACGGUUUGCGAUGAAAAAGAUAAAUCGCCAGAACCUGGUGCUGAGGAACCAGAUCCAGCAGGCGUUUGUGGAGCGGGACAUUCUGACCUUUGCUGAGAACCCCUUUGUCGUUUCCAUGUUCUGCUCCUUUGAAACGCGACGUCACCUCUGCAUGGUCAUGGAGUACGUAGAAGGUGGAGAUUGUGCCAACUUGCUCAAGAACAUGGGCCCGCUGCCUGUAGAGAUGACAAGGAUGUACUUCGCAGAAACAGUCCUGGCUCUGGAGUACCUUCACAACUAUGGCAUCGUGCACAGGGAUCUCAAACCUGACAAUUUGUUGAUUACAUCCAUGGGCCACAUCAAGCUGACAGACUUCGGUCUGUCUAAAAUCGGCCUGAUGAACAUGACCACCAACCUUUACGAGGGUCACAUGGAGAAAGACACAAGAGAGUUUAUUGACAAACAGGUGUGUGGUACUCCGGAGUACAUCGCCCCGGAGGUGAUCCUCAGGCAGGGCUACGGGAAGCCGGUGGACUGGUGGGCGAUGGGGAUCAUCCUCUAUGAGUUCCUGGUCGGCUGUGUUCCGUUUUUCGGAGACACGCCCGAGGAGCUUUUUGGACAAGUUGUCAGCGAUGAAAUCAUUUGGCCCGAUGGAGAUGACGCCUUACCUGCUGAUGCCCAGGACCUGAUCACCCGCCUCCUGAGGCAGAGCCCUUUAGACCGACUGGGAACAGGUGGAGCCUCAGAGGUGAAGCAGCACUCCUUCUUCCUGGGUUUGGACUGGAACGGACUCCUCCGACAGAAGGCCGAGUUCAUCCCUCAGCUGGAGGCGGAGGAUGACACCAGCUACUUUGACACCCGUUCUGAACGCUACCACCAUUUGGCAUCUGAUGAAGACGAGGAAACGAAUGACGAAGAGUCUUCCCUGGAAAUCAGACAGUUUGCUUCCUGGUCACAUCGCUUCAGCAAGGUUUACAGCAGCACAGAACAUCUGGCGACGCCGUCCAAUCUGAGCUUCUCCUCGGACCGCAGCCACAGCGAGGACAAGGAGGACCGCGGGGACGUGGGAGGACUCGGUGUCUCCCAGUGCUCAGCAGAUGGCAGUGUGGACAACAAGCAUUCCAGACGCAUGGCCAGCCUUCGUCCUCGCGCCUCCUCCAGCUCUUCCCAGUCCGAGCGGAGCACCAGUCCUCUAGUGAUGAGCAGCACCCACAGUCUGGAAACGAUGCCCCGCUUCGCCCUGUCCACUGACGAUGAAGCUGAGGUGGUGGUGUCGAACCUUCGGAGGAUAAGGAUUCGCAGCAACAGUACGGGGGCCAAACACUCAUCGCCCAAAGAGCCCGCAGGGCCUCGGCGCUUCGGCAACCAGCUGGAGACGCCAGAUAGACAGAGGCUCCCCUCCGGAGGAAAGGUCCCCAAGUCAGCGUCCGUCUCGGCCCUCUCACUCAUUAUCACUACAGAUGACUCUCCCAGCGGCCUCCAGCCUAGUCCCAUCUCCCCACGCUCGCUCUCUUCCAACCCCUCAUCUCGUGACUCAUCCCCUAACCGGGACCUGUCGUUCAGCCCCAGCAGCCUGAGGCCCCCGAUCAUCAUCCACACCUCGGGGAAGAAAUACGGCUUCACCCUUCAAGCCAUCCGGGUCUACAUGGGCGACAGCGACGUGUACACCGUGCAUCACAUGGUGUCGAGUGUGGAGGAGGGCAGCCCGGCUCACCAGGCUGGUCUCUGCACCGGGGACCUCAUCACCCACGUGAACGGAGAGUCCGUUCAGGGCCUGGUUCACCCAGAGAUGAUAGAACUGCUACUGAAGAGCGGCAACAAGGUGGCUCUUCAGACCAUAGCGCUUGAGAACACCUCAAUCAAAGUCGGCCCAGCUCGGAAGACCAAACACAAAGGCAAGAUGGCUCGUCGCAGCAAGAAGAGCAAGAAGAGGGACAAUUAUGACAGGCGACGGAGCAUCUUGAAGAAACUGUCCAAGCAGAGCACGGUGAUGCACAGCAGUCGCAGCUUCUCCUCAGGUCUCCAUCACUCCGUUUCCUCCAGUGAGAGUCUUCCAGGCUCCCCGACACACAGCCUCUCUCCUGGCCCCUCCACCCCCUGUCGGAGCCCUGCACCCGACCAUCAGGGCUUUGAAAAUAACUCUCCCCAGAGCACAUCUCCCUGCUCCAGCUCUCCCAGUUCUCCUGCUGCACACAUCCGGCCCAGCUCACUCCACGGCCUGGGCUCCAAACUCAGCACGCAGCGCUACACCAAGGCGGGCCGUCGGAAGUCGACCAGUAACAUCCCCCCCUCGCCCCUGGCCUGCAACUCCUCCUCAUCCUCCAACCAGCCACUUUCCCCGCAGCGCUCGCCCUCCCCGCUGCCAGGCUUCGCCAAGACCCUCCACACCUACCAUGGCAAGACCUUAUCGCCCCCCACCAUCGUCAGACACGUGGUCCGACCCCGCAGCGCCGAGCCGCCUCGAUCCCCUUUGCUGAAGAGGGUUCAGUCGGCCGAGAAGCUUUCUGGAGUCUACCACGCUGACAAGAAGUCGUACACCCCCCGCAGGCACACGCUGGAAGUGCCGUUUUACGGCGAGGCUGACCUGCUGGGUGACUCCGAGGUCGAGGGCGCCUGCGGGGGCUCUUACAUCGGGAUGGACCACGGCAGGCUGGGAAGCUAUUUGAGCAGCCAAAGGAUUGAGCGGUCGGAACAGCUGGUUGUGAUGCGCAAACUCAACCUGUCGGAGCGUCGCGACUCCUUUAAGAAGCAGGAGGCGGUGCAGGAGGUGAGCUUCGACGAGCCGGAGGAGAAAACCAGCGCCACUGUGACGGGGACCACCGCGGCUCCAGGGGCCCAAACGCAGCCUCUAGCGCAGCAGCACAGGAUGGCCUGGGUGGUCACUCGACCCCAGAGCAGCCAGGAGGUGGAGCUGGAAGUCCCGGUGGUGAGGAGGUUCACCCUGGUGCCGCAGAUCGCCGUGCAGGGCUCAACGGAGAGCGAGGAGCAGGACGAGUGGGAGCCGUGUUCAGAUGGAGAAGAUACUAAUGAGAACGCUGAGCUGGAGGUGGACGUGACUGAGCAGCAGCACGCGGGACGUCAUCUCGCCGACAGCAGCUGCAGUCGAGCUGCAGAAACCACUUGUCCUAAAGUUGCACCAGCAUCAGAGAAAACCGAGUGCAAAGAGGAAGCCCUGCAGAAAGGGCACGCGUGGAAGUAACAGGCCAACACUGCACCCGUUCAAUGUUCGUAUCUUUUCUUUCAAGUCGUGGAUUCCAGCCGAGGUGUUUCCAGUCCGACCCGGACAAACUGAAGGUUGUAAAGUCAUUUACAGGCGUGUCUGCUGCAAAGAGUGGGAGAAGAUUUUACUUGAAUUUUGUAUUGUGAAUAUUCGCCUUCAGGCACCGCAGACUCUUUGAUCUUAUUUAUUACGUUUGUAAAGUACGAGGAGUCCGUAACUGGGAAAGAGGGAAGUUCUCAUUGGUUGAACAGCCAAGGCUCAACAUUUUUGUAUCCAUGAAAUGUGGUUUUAUGUCUUUUGAAUGGAUUUUUCUUUUCUAAAAAUGUCUAUUUUUUAAAUAAACUGUUGUGGUACUGAGUAGUAGAGAUAAUGCUGGGCAUAACAGGACCAAAACAUGGGAGAAACAGUCUUUUUAAGAUUUGAAUAGUGCAGUUUCUCUAGAACCUGAUGCUGAUCUUCAUAAUAAACCUAAGAGCGACCAUUGGUUCACACUGAGCAACAUGACGGACUUAUUUUCUGAUCAAUUUUUUAGCUCUACGGUUUUGUCAAUUCCUAACUACGUUACAGUUUUAUUAAUGCAUUGCGAGUUUUACGUCCUCAUUGUUGUAGAUGACACCAAAAACAAAAGGAUUCGUCAGAACUUUUAUUUAAAAGAAAACAGUCAUAUUAAGAGGAACAAAAAAACAUCGAUCAUGUUCUUUGCAGUGUGAAUUCAUGGUCAAAGUAUUUGCUUUUCAUUCACGUGGCAACAGUCAGUUCAGGGUAAUUUAGCAAGUCACAACCCAGCUGCGACUUCAAACACAAUCUCACACGUCUCCGAGGGUUUAACGUGCCAUUACACCAGUGCAGUGUCCUCUAAGCCAUAUCUCUGAAGACCGAAAUGUUGUCAUCUCAGCUCAUGACGAUAAUGACUUCUCUCGUAAAGUACAGUAGUAAUGUGAGCUCAGCUACACCAGCGUGAAGCUCUGGAUGCUGCACACUCUUGUUUUCGUCCUCUGCUGCAAACUUCCUGAGAUCUAAUUUAAAACCGACACCAUUUGGCUUCGCCCUGAACUUGCGUCGACUCAAAGCCGCACUGAGCAGGCAGAGCUUAGAGGGAACCGCGGGGUCCGUCUUUUUGCUCGGUAUUUGACAGCGACAACGUGUUUUGUAUUUUGAAAGCGCUGCGCCCUGCUGUAGUUUUUUUUUUUCCUCCAGAAAACGUAGCAUUGGUCUUCUUUUUUAUUUUCACCAGCAUGAGAGAGACGCACCGCGCCUGACUGGCCCGCUCCUACUUAAUUUCCUGUGUAGUGAUGUUUACAUCCAAAGGGGAAAAGUGCACUAAUGUAUUUUGACAUAAACUUUGUAACUGAAUGUGAAUGUUAAACUGAGAACAGCAGAGGGAUACAUUUACAGUGAAUCCAAACCCAGGGCUUCUUUGAACAAAUGUCUUUUUUGUGUGUGCGUCUUUGUAUAAAUAUUGUUGUAUAUUUUGGUAACGAGGCUGUGUAUAAUCCCUAGAUGAGUUGAAGGACGUGAUAUGCACAACGAUGACAAUUUGCUGCACCAGAAAUUUUUGGGACGUUGACUUUGGGGGUGGUUUUAGGGGUUAUAAUGGUGCGUUCAGAGCAGUAUUUCACAUCCGCACAGACUGGAUGUAUGUUACAUUUUUCCACUACAGAGUUGGAUAUUGUCUCGUCAGUGGUUGUUGCUGGCUUUUCCAAUGUCCUCUGUUUAUAAAGCAUCAGAAUUGUUGAUGGUUUUUCCUCCAACCCCUCUUCCUCCUUUUGAAAAAUCUCGUGAUGACAACCUUGCAGGAUGCUGCCGUUGUGUUCGUGAGCCGAACGGACAGGUCACUGAAAUGUUCAGUUAUUCCUGCGGUCUGACAGAAUUGUUUACAAUGAAACAAAACAUGCUAUGUACUGUACAAACAUUUUAUAACCUGUGGCUGUAAAUGAUGAAACUCUCCUCUUUGAUACCAUGGAAGAAAGUCACACUCGUAGAUGUUGCGUAUCUUGUUUUUAAGAAACUGUUCUUGAUGAGUAAUUUUGCACCAAGCUGAGAAGUGUUGUGGAGAUUUACAUGCACGUAUGGUUAUUUGCAAGAGUGGCAGCUUUAAGUAGCCUGUUUUUUUGGGGUCAUAUAAAGAAGAAGCUGAAUUUCAGCUUUAAUUGGUGGAAAUAAGGGUUUUUCUUCAGUGUGUAUACACUUCACCGAGUUUGUAAUGGAGCUUUAUUAUGUGCACAUUUGCAUGAAAAUAUAUCUUGCACAGAAGGUAAUGCCGAAGCAGGAUGGAAAAGGAAAUACAAUUCUAAUUAUUUUUCUAAUUACUUCUAUAAAAUUCUUUGUAUACAAGUCAGAUGAACCAAAAUAGACAAGUUAGCAUCAGACUCAUUUGUCGUUACGCAAACUCUACUCUCAGUAGUUUAAAAACAAAAAGAAAACAGGCAAAAAAAGCUACAUGGAGAAAAUGACAAGGGGACUUAUUCAUUAUUUUUAAUGACCUCAUUUCUUUUGUUAAUGUAAACAUACCUUGCUGAUCAUCUCCACCAGUUUAAAGUCGCCACCAGGGGUCUGGAGAUACAAGGUCAGCUGGUGCUCAAUGUACUCUUGAAGAACCGGCUGGAGGGUCAAACUGUUGUACACGUGCAUGUGUUCUCCCGUGGACUCUUCUGUUCGGUGCAUGCUGCAUGACACAAGCACACAGCUGUAAUACUUGACUGCAUGGUAUACCGGCGGUGUCGCCCUGUACUGUGUUUUCUUGUGCAAUGAAUAAACUUUGUAUUCCUCUUUGACUCUUCUUUA